AUGGCAACAGAGACAACGACAAUACCCUGGCAGCGAUGCACCAAUAAAAGUUGGGCAGAUCGACAGCGACAGGAAGAAGCAGAGACUCAAGAAGAAGAAGAAGAAGAACCAGAAGUAGUUUAUGGGGCGUCGGACGACUUGGGGGCGACACCACGGCAGAUAAAAGGAGCGUUUGCCGCCGGUGGGAUUGCCGGUGCCGUGGUGGGUGCUGCCGGAAUUGCGGGAUGCUUUGUGGGCGCUCCCGUGGCCGCCGUCGCCAUUGGCGCAGGUGCUGCCAUUGCCGCUGCCAAAUCCGAAAAGGAAAUUGGGGAAGUGGCUCGGGGUGUGGGAGAUUUGGUGGCGGACAAGUCGGAAUUUCUGUUGGCGAAUCAAACGGUAAAUCGAACCGUGGAGGGGUAUUCUCGACGAGCCAACAGCGUCAAUGAAAAGAUGCAGAAAUGCUCGGUCAGAGCCAGUCAAACAGCCAAUGACCUCAACAAGAGUCUCACCAAAGGAGCUAAUGGCCUUAACCAAUCUAUACACAACACAGUCCAGCGAUGUUCUCUCAAAGCCAAUCAAAUCAAGGAACGGGCCAGUCAAGUCAAAAGUCGGGUUGCCAACACCAUUGAAACGAGACGCCGACGAAGGCGCGGAGCAGGGGAUGACGAAACUGUAUUCCAUGAUUGUCUCGACGAUGACGGUGGCUGGGAAGACUUUCCUGAGGACUUUAAGGAUGCACUGGAGGAUACAUUUGAGGAAGAAGAAGAAGAGAUAGAAACAGAAACUCAAGACAAAUAA